CAUUAUAGCUUUCAUGUUACUCACGUUUCUGUCUUGUCAUUUUUUGAGUAUAAUAUUCAUUUUUGCCUGUUCAUGUUCAUUUUGUUUGCCUGUUUAUGUUCCCACUCUUCGUCACCUGUUUAUAUCUCCGUCUCUCCGUCAUCUAUAUACUUUUUCCUUUUCAUUUGUCUAAUCGGUGUUAUUCUUAUUCCUUUAUUUUGUCCUUUAUUUCGUCCUUUAUUUCGUACCAUUUCUUUUUUCCUUAUUGCGUCUGUCUCUCUCCUACAUAUAUAAUUCAUAUCACUCUUUCCAUUAUCACGCAUGCCCUUUCUUCUACCCUAACUGUAUCAUGUUCAUGCAUCAUAUUCAUCAUGAUGCAUGACUACAUGCAACGCAAUGUAAUUCAAUUCAAUGCGGUAUUGUACAUAAGGUAUAUAUAUACCCAUACAAUAGUAUAGUACAAUACUUGAUAUAUAAGAUAUUACUGUGUCACCAAGUACCCCAACCAUUAAUUGAUCAUUACAUACCUACAAUGUAACUAUUCAACUUUGAAUCAAGCUUUAUUUUAUUUUAUUUUUUUACUUCUUUAUGUUUGUUUGUUUUUUACUUG